AUGAUUUGGAGAGAUAAAUGGAACUCUAUGGGUGGGAGACUAAAUGUAAAACUGCAAUCAGAUAAAUUACAACACAGAUGUGGCUCAGAUUAUUCUUCAUCAGCAUGGUUACCUGGUAAUGAAUCAUUGUGGCAGGCCACAACUGUUACAUCUAACCAUCGAAAUAAUCAUAUCAGGAGACAUAGUAUAACUUCUGACAGUGGUGACACCGGCAUUGGGACUUCCUGUUCUGACAGCGUGGAAGAUCAUUCAACUUCAAGUGGCACAUUAUCUUUUAAGCCUAGUCGAUCAUUGGUUACUCUUCCUACUGCCCAUGUCAUGCCGUCUAACUCCAGUGCUUCAGUUUCCAGACAUAGGGAAUCAUUGACAUCAGAAGACUCAAAAUGGAGUACAAGCCUCAUGCAAACAUUGGGAAACCAUAGUAGGGGAGAGCAGGACUCUUCACUAGACAUGAAGGACUUCCGGCCUCUCCGGAAAUGGUCAUCUUUAUCCAAACUCACUGCCCCGGAUAACUGUGGCCAGGGUGGCAUCGUACAUGCUGAUGAGUCAAGGAGUGGUUUGGAAAAGACAGGGAGAGCCAAGGUUUUAACGUCGCAACUAAGAACAAUUGGGCCUAGCUGCUUACAUGAUAGUAUGGAGAUGCUUAAGCUAGAGGACAAAGAAAUAAAUAAAAAACGAUCAUCAACUCUGGACUGCAAAUAUAAAUUCGAGAGCUGUAGCAAAGAGGACUUUAGAGCUUCUUCCUCCACUCUUAGGAGACCGACCUUAGACAUGACAUACAGUGCCUUACCUGAAAGCAAGCCCAUUGUGACAAGUGCAGAGGCCUUUGAACCGCCGAAAUAUUUAAUGCUGGGUCAACAGGCAGUAGGUGGAGUUCCCAUUCAGCCUUCUGUGAGGACGCAGAUGUGGCUUACAGAGCAGUUGCGGACAAACCCUUUGGAAAGUAGAACUACAGAGGACUCUUACAGUUUAGCUCCUUGGCAACAGCAGCAACUUGAAGAGUUUCGACAAGAAAACGAAACACCAAUGCAGGUUUUGACCGGAUCGUCUCGUCAAAGUUAUUCACCUUCUGGCUAUCAGGAUUUCAGUAAGUGGGAAUCAGUGCUGAAAAUAAAAGAAGGACUGCUGAGACAGAAAGAAAUUGUAAUUGAUCGGCAGAAGCAACAAAUUACCCACCUACAUGAGAGGAUAAGGGAUAAUGAAUUACGGGCACAACAUGCCAUGUUAGGACAUUAUGUAAACUGCGAAGAUUCUUAUGUGGCUGGUUUGCAGCCACAAUAUGAGAACAGUUCACUCCAGGCUCCAUUUUCCGAUCAAUCAAUGUCCCAUUCCCAGCAAGAGGAACUUGAGCAAAAGCUUGCAUCUACUGAGAAAGAGGUUUUGCAGCUCAAUCAGUUUCUCAAACAAAGAAUAAACCAAUUUAGUGAAGAGAAGAAGAAACUGGAGGAAAAGCUUAAAACCAGAGAUAGAUAUAUCAGUAGCCUGAAAAAGAAAUGCCAGAAGGAAUCUGAACAAAACAAAGAAAAGCAGAGAAGAAUUGAGACCUUGGAAAAGUAUCUGGCUGAUCUUCCAACUCUAGAUGAUGUACAGAGUCAGAGUCUACAGCUUCAGGUUCUAGAAGAAAAAAAUAAGAAUUUGCAAGAGACUCUCCUAGAUAUGGAAAAAAAACUUGAAGAGAUCAAAAAACAGUGUCAAGAAAAAGAGGCACAGCUAAUAUGCCAGAAAAAGAAAGAAAAGGAGUUGGUAACUACAGUUCAGAGCUUGCAGCAAAAAGUAGAAAGAUGCCUUGAAGAUGGAAUUCGCCUUCCCAUGUUAGAUGCAAAACAGCUUCAGAAUGAAAAUGAUAAUCUGAGAGAACAAAAUGAGAAUGCUAGUAAGAUAAUAGACAGCCAACAAGAUGAGAUUGAAAGAAUGACUGUAGAAAUUCAGUCUAUGCAAGGGAAACUUUCUAAAGAAAAAUCAACUACUCAAAAGAUGAUGGAAGAGCUGGAAAAGAAAGAAAGAAACCUACAGAGAUUAACAAAAACAUUGCUUGAUAACCAAAGGCAAACAGAAGAGACGUGCUCUUUAUUGGAUCAGGGCCAGGAAGCAGACCAAUCCAGGCAGCAGACAGUACUUACCAAAUGGCCACUAUCCGAUUUGAGUGUGAUUGAUCAGCUGUUCAAGGAAAUGUCCUAUUGUUUGUUUGACUUGAAGGCAUUGUGUAGUAUUCUCAAUCAGCGUGCUCAGGGCAAGGAGCCUAAUCUUUCAUUAUUACUGGGAAUCAGAUCAAUGAACUGUUCAGCUGAAGAGACUGAGAAUGACUAUAGCCCAGAAACACUCACUAAAAAAUUGUCAGAUGUAUGCCAGUUACGGAGGGACAUCGAUGAAUUAAGGACUACAAUAUCAGACCGCUAUGCCCAGGACAUGGGAGACAACUGCAUUACCCAGUGA